UUUCUCAAACUCUGUCGGCAAAAUGUGUGAGCCUGCCUGCGACGAUUUGGAGACCUUCAAUCCCCAAGUGGAGUUCCAGAAGUUUCUCAAACGCAAGCCAGUCGUCCAGACAGCCAAACUCUACGAGAAUCUACAUAAGCGCGAGGACAUCAAGUGUCCCUACAGCUUCAAGGGCUAUGGCGUGGAGAAGGACACCAAUACCAUGUACCGCACUUGCAACUCGGAGUACGGUUACUAUGCCCCCAAUGCCUAUACCAUACCUAAGCGCUUCCAUUCGCGCGGCCAGAAGUUCUCCAACGAGGUGGCGCGCUUCGGCAUGUACCGCAACUUCUCCCUGAAUACCCACAUUGAUGCCACAUUCUACUAGACUUUGGUUGCUGUUCCCACUUGUCAGCAAUCCUUUUAUGGUUUUCUAAAAAUGUUUAAAUCUGUUUUUAGUCAGAAAACACCUCCAAACACCAGUACUUUACCCCUCUUUGGACACCAUUUAGACAGCACUUAACUACUAUUUACAUCCCUAAAAAUCGUAUAUGUAUGUAACAAGGAAAUAAAAAGGCCAUGCUCGGUGUUUCUUCAUUUAUCAUA